UUGGCAGGUGGAAAAGGCUGUGAUGGAGCUCCUCACACACGCGCGGGCGCAUGGUCUGCCUGUGGAUCGGUUGGCCAUCCAGGCCUUUGGGCGCAAAGCGAAAGCAACUGUCGCGGCCAAGGCAUCAACACCUGCAGAACGUGACCGACUCGACAAGUUCAUCGCCUCUGAGGGGUGGGCAAAGAAGUUCAUCGCUCGCCACAACCUCAAGUCCAGGAAGCUGCACGGCCAGUCGGGAAGCGUCGAUGAUGCAGCUAUCGCCGACGGACUCCGCAAGGUCCGAGAGAUGAUCGCGAAGUACGACCCGGACAACGACGACCUGGUUGAGCUACGCCAAUCGGGACAGUCGGCGGCGGCAGCGGCCCCGGCUCCGCCGCCGUACGCGAAUGUAGCAACCCAUUUUGGUGAACUCGAGGAUACUGCCGAGAAGUGCCGCAUGUCCGAAGUGUCUUUUCACCUCCGCAAGGCUAAGCUAGCGUGGAUGAGUGCCUACGGGAGAAUCAUCCAAGGUAGAAAGAGGGCGGGUAAGCCGACGUACUGCUUCUUCCUGGACGUAAAAAUGGCAUACGACACCGGGGUCCCUCAAGGUUGCACGCUGUCCCCAACAUUGUUCCAGGUGUUCAUCAACGAUCUGUUGGAAGUCGUAGAGGCAGUCCGGAAGGGAGUAAAAGUAGGGGACACGGAAACGUCGGUUUCAGGAAUGCUGUUUGCGGAUGAUUUUGUCGGUAUGUCGGACACCCCUGAGGGACUGCAACUGCAAAUUGACGCGGCGAAGAAGUUUACUGAUAAGUGGAGAUUGUCUGCUAACGUUAAGAAGAGUACCGUCGUCAUUGUAUGCAACGAGAACAAGGAGACAGUAGAACAUAGAUGGAAGUGGGGGAUCGAGGAGAUUGCAGUAGUGGACCAGUACACAUACCUUGGAGUAGAGAUCGCAAAAGACUGCUCGUGGAAUGCACACAUGUCCAAGGUAGCGGAAAAGGGCAAAUCACGAGCAGGGAAGCUGCAUCCAAUACUCGCAAACCGGCACCUCGAUACACGCAUCAAAUUGACGGUUUUGAAGAGCGUAAUCGUACCGCCGCUAGAGUACGCCGGAGAAGUAUGGGAAGGAAAUAAGAAGGUAGUGAAAGAACUCGAGGCGGCGCAGAUGAAAGCAGCGAAAAUCAUCCUAGGAUGCUCCACGCGCACAAGUAAUGCAGCCGUGAGGGCAGAAUUGGGGAUCCAAUCCCUACGGUCGGGAAGAGACACGAGGAAGCUGACAUUUCAGUAUCGCAUGUGUGGGAUGGGAUAG